GCUCCCAAACGCAAACGACGCAUGCGGCCUGGACAAAAAGCCCUUAAGGAAAUUAAAAUGUACCAAAAGAGCACCGAUCUUUUGAUUCGCCGUUUGCCAUUUGCACGGCUGGUGCGGGAAAUUCAAAUGGAAAUGAGCCGAGAAGCCUAUCGUUGGCAGGGGACAGCAAUUCUCGCUCUACAGGAAGCGUCGGAAGCGCAUUUGGUGUCUUUGUUUGAAGACACCAAUCUGUGUGCCUUGCACGGCAAACGGGUAACGAUCAUGCCCAAAGAUAUGCAGCUCGCACGGAGAAUUCGUGGGCAAACACGAGAGUAG